AUGGCGUCUGCACCAACCCAGGACAUGUCUCACGCAGAGGCAGAGUCGAUCUAUUUCAACGACUUCCCUCCACCCAAGGCUCUUCCCAAACAUGAAGCGCUCGCCAGAGCCUUCGUCGACUUCCACGUCGAGGAGAAAAGACGCCUCGUCCUUGUCACCUCCGGAGGUACAACAGUCCCCCUCGAGAAUCAAACGGUGCGUUUCAUCGAUAACUUCUCCGCUGGAACGAGAGGAGCAACAUCUGCGGAAUACUUUCUUCAGGAAGGAUAUGCCGUGAUUUUCCUGCAUCGACAGUUUAGUCUGCUCCCAUACUCUCGCCACUACAGUCACUCAACCAAUUGUUUCUUGGAUUUCAUGGACGAAGCUGCUCCAUCUGCCAACUCGAACUCCGUCAACCCAGACCAUGGUCCUAUCAUGGUGCGCGACGAAUACCAAGACCAAAUGCGAGAUGUGCUGCGCAAAUACCGCUACGCGAAACAAAACAACCGACUCCUACUGAUUCCUUUUACCACCGUGGCUGAAUAUCUCUUCGAGCUGCGGUCACUGGCGAAAAUCAUGAGACCUUUGGAAUCGAAUGCAUUGUUCUAUCUUGCUGCAGCCGUCAGCGACUUUUUCAUCCCGCGUGACCGGAUGUCGGAGCAUAAAAUCCAAUCCUCUGAAAUACCGGCUUCUUUCAGCAAAGAACGCACCAUUACUGAGUCUGAUAUCUACACAGGGGAGAACGAAUCUCAGCCUCAGAACCACAGCAAGAAGCUAGUGAUUGACCUUGACCCGGUUCCCAAAUUCCUCCAUAGCCUGGUGGAUGGCUGGGCACCUCAGGGAAGCAUGGUUGUUUCGUUCAAGCUGGAGACCGAUCCCAAUCUGCUAGUCUACAAGGCGCGAACUGCAUUGGAACGAUACUCGCACCACUUGGUCAUUGGAAACCUUCUCACCACACGGAAGUGGGAAGUGGUCUUCGUCACACCUGAUGCCCCCUACGAGAAGUGGAUUCGUGUGCCAAAGUCCAAGCGCAGCAAGAGUAUCUCCGGGGCGGAAGAACAGGUUGGGCUGGCAGAGGCUAAAUCGGCGGCGGAGUCCGGGCGCAGGGCAAAUGAUGAUGGACGAGAUGUGACACAAGAAUACGACGAUAGAAGUCGCGAUGGAGUCGAGAUUGAGCGUUUGAUCAUCCCCGAGCUGAUCCAGUUGCACUCGAAGAUGAUUACAGACGGAGGCAAAUAA